UGACAUUCCGUUUCCGAUGAAAUCUAAUGUUCUAAGUACCUACGAUGAAAAUGGUGUUUUGUUGAUCUUUUUUUAUUUCAUAAAAAUAGCAAAUAAAAUAGUUUUCGUCGUUUUAGUAUAUAGUGAAGUUAAUUGCAGUGUUAGUUUAAACUUGCUCAAUAUAAGCACAUACAUUUCAUUUGGUGUAGUCAAUAAAUACCAUACAAAAUGCAGGACACUAGACCAGAAUUAUAUGAAGAAGUUAAGUUGUACAGGAAUGCUAGGGAGAGAGAAAAGUAUGACAACAUGGCGGAACUGUUCGCCGUGGUGAGCACCCUGCAGCACCUGGAGAAGGCGUACAUGCGCGACUGCGUGCGCGCGCAGGAGUACACGGCCGCGUGCAGCCGGCUGCUGGUGCAGUACCGCGUCGCCUUCAAGCAGGUGCAGGGGGACGAGUUCCCCACUAUCGAGGCUUUUGUCGACAAGUUUAGGUUGGACUGCCUGGCAGCGCUGGAGCGGAUAAAGGAGAACAAACCCAACCUCAUCAAGGACGACAAAGGAAACACCAACAAGUACAUUGCUGAAAUAGUUUCUCUGUUCAUAACGCUGAUGGACAAACUGCGGCUGGAGUUCCGCGCGAUGGACAUGAUCCAGCCGGAGCUGCGCGACCUGCGCGACACCAUGGACCGCCUGCUCAUGUUGCCGCACGACUUCGAGGGCAAGCUCAAGGUGCAAGAAUGGCUGGACAAGCUGUCGGAAAUGUCCGCGUCGGACGAGCUGUCGGAGAGCCAGGUGCGCCAGCUGGUGUUCGACCUGGAGACAUCCUACACCGCCUUCAACAAGUUUCUGCACAAGGACUGAUUCUAUGGUAUAUGAUGUGCUCAAAAGUUUAUCACAUUGUAGGCUGUUAAUGUUGAAUUGUAUCUUUAGAAUAUCUCACAAUAUAGGGUUAUUUAAAAAGCUUACAUUUUAAUUAAGAAUUCAAUCAAAUGGCAUUAGGCCAUUUGAUUGAUCGCGUAAAAGCUUAGUUUACGCAUUUUGAGAUAUGUUUGGUCCAAAUAAUUUAUAAUCCUAAACUAGAAUGCUUAUGAAUAAGUAAAGCCGUUCCUGAACUUGGGUCUAAAAUUUGUAGACCUUUUUUUCUUGCAUACGACAAUAACAGGUUGCCAGAAAGAGAUGGCUGCAUAUUUUGUGCCCAAUUUGAGGAACUCUAGGUGUUGGCACGCGGACAUUGUGGAAAUGUGAUCUUUAUAGCAAAGCAAAUAGGUCUAGUUUUCAAUGUCAUUAUAUUGACAUUUAUUCGUAAUCAUUCCAGUUAGCAUAUAAGUUCCUUGGUUUGGUCUUAUGAUUGACUGGCAGAGACUUUUUUGUUUAGAUUAUCUGUAUGGCAAGGCAAAGGGAUUUAAGCCCAUACAGCCAUAAUAUCUGGCAGAGACCAUAUCGCAUUAUGUCCACAAUUUGUUUUUUUUUUUUAAUUGUGUGCAAUAAAGUUUAUAGAUAAAAAUAAAAAGUUACAUAUACUACGAAGAUAUAAAAUUGUAUGAACUGUCAUUUGUUUUUGUCAACUGACUGGAAGUGUCAUGUACAGAUUUUCCUUAGAGGAGUUCUUCAAAGAAAACAUUAAAACUAGUGUUGUCAGUUUUAAAUUAUUGCUUAACCUUUAUAAUUUAAGCCCCAUGAAUGAGUUCAUAUCGCACCGCGACGCUACCUAUUGUUAAUAUAAUUCGAACCACACUGUCCUUGGAGCGAUGAUCCCCAGUGGAAUGGCUCGGCGUACAAGUUGACCGCACAGGGUUUUCUUAUCCUCCAAAAAGUCAGCCGAUAAAAUAAAUUCUCGGUAAUAGGACGUCUUGCUCAGCAGAAGAAACCCCUGUACACGGGGUAACACAUAAAAUUAAUACAAUUUCUUUUAAUAGGUAACAGAAUCAGCAAUUAGUUAUAUAUUUUCACAAGGAAGGAAACAAUUCGAAAUGGAGUCCGAACUGAAAAUCCUAGGAAUUCCGUCAUUCAUUCAAUAGCUUGAUUCGCCGCCGGUCGCUGUGAGAGCAUUAGCAGAACGUAGCAACUAACAUUUUCCAACUGAAUAAAGGAUAUAAUAAAAUUAUUAUUAAUAUUAGGGAAGUAUUGGUAACGAACCGUGACAUUCUUUCUUUUUUUGUUAUCAUGGAAAUCAUUUUGUAAGGCAUAGAAGAGCUAAAUUUGAUUCUCGAUGAAGACCACUUUUUUAUGUUAUUUAAGUAUUCGAUACAAUUUGAUUAAACAUAAUGAAAACUUUUUAAAUAACCUUAACAUGUAUUUAAUUAGGUUGUAACACUUAUUUAAGACUAUAUACACUUUUUAAUGUUAUGUACAUAUAUUAUAAUAAAUAAAAUACCUAUUUGCAAUUAA